AUGCAACAACUGCCAGUGUUACAAUCCACAGUGGCUCCAGUGGAGGGGAGGUUUCGUCGCAGUGUGCCAAGCCUGCCAGCAAUCAAGCCAGACAGGCUAAAAACAGCUAAAACGCUGGUGGAGAAGGCAGUGAAGUUGAGGAAAGUGUUUUCAGUGCAGGGACCCUAUCCUGUGAUCCGUGCUGCCUUAUGGGCCAGAGGGUGGGUGGAACGUCGUUUGCCCCAUCCUGCCCAGAGAGCACCUCAUUGCCAGGGCGAUGAGGAGGAGGAUGGUGAUGAUGGUGAUGUCAGUGCUGAGAGAGUGGAUGAAGGCGAGAAAGACGAGAACCUUGAUGACAUGUAUGACCUGAUGUCUCGCCUGGUUCGAAAUGAAACAACACACUUCUACUGGACAACACGUCGGGAUGACAUACACUGUCGCUCCUUGAAGCAUGACCAAAUGACCAAUCACUACGCAAAUGCUGGAACGUUUACUACCAAGGUGGGGCUUUGUUUGAAUCUGCGUAACCUUCAGUGGUUUGAUACCGCAGAUCCUGACACCUUCUUUCCAAGAUGCUACAAGCUUGGGGCAGAGGAUGAAAAGCAUGCAUUCAUAGAGGAUUUCAGGAGGACAGCGUGCUCCAGCCUGCUGCAGCAUGUGGUUGAGACAAGUAGAUGGAGGAGAGAGGGAGCAGAAGGCGAGAAACAAAAAGCCAAAAACAGUGUAUUUGAUGAGUUGGAGAAGAUGGAGUGUCGAUUUGUUGCUCCGGGGAUAAUCGACGUGGCUUUGCACGUGUGUCAAGAGUUUCUUAGUGUUUUAGAGCACGGCGACAUUGAUGUAACUGAAGAAACACACCCCUCCGUGGAGGAACAGCAGUGGGCAGAGUUUCUGCAAGACUACUACAUGGUUGUGCAUGAAGGUGCAUCGAUCAGGGGCAGCAGUGUUUUUGUGGAGCGCUGCCAGGCCAUGUUAAUCAGACUGCAGGAGAUGUGCCCUCAGCUGGAUACAGAUGGACUAAAUAACAUCUGGAUCAUCAAACCAGGCGCCAAGUCAAGAGGACGAGGUAUUAUGUGUAUGGAUCGCCUGGAUGAGAUUUUGGCACUUGUGGCCAGCGACAGAGUCCUGACUAAGGAGAGUAAGUGGGUGGUUCAGAAAUACCUGGAACGUCCUCUGUUGGUCCAUGGCACCAAGUUUGACCUACGUCAGUGGUUCCUCGUUACAGACUGGAACCCUCUCACUGUCUGGUUCUACAGAGAGUGCUACCUGCGGUUUUCCACUCAGCCCUACUCAACAAAAACUUUGGACAGCUCAGUCCACCUAUGCAACAACUCAAUCCAGAAGCACUUCCAGCCAUCCUGUGACCGCCAUCCAGGAGUGCCUGAAGACAAUAUGUGGUCCUGCUCUCAGUUUCGGGCUUUUCUGCAGCAGCAGGGCUGCAGCGCAGAGUGGGAGUCAGUGGUAGUCCCAGGCAUGCAGCAAGCGGUGGUCCGUGCCCUGCAGACCGCCCAGGACCUGGUCGAGCCCCGCAAGGCCAGCUUUGAACUCUACGGAGCCGACUUUAUGUUGGGCAGAGAUCUGAGGCCUUGGCUUUUAGAGAUCAAUGCGAGUCCAACUAUGGCCUGUUCCACCUCUGUGACCGCUCGCCUCUGCCCUGCUGUGCAGCUGGACACACUGAGGGUUGUGCUCGACCGACGGACUGAUCCGAGUGCUUAUACAGGAGGCUUCCAGCUGAUCUAUAAACAGGCAGCAGUUGAAGUUCCUCAGUAUGUGGGAGUGAACCUGCUGGUGGAAGGAGCCCCCAUAAGACGACUCAGACCUCCACUUCAUAGACAAACUGUAAUUUCUAACCCACCUCUCACAAUCCAGUUCCCUUCAGACCAGCCAUUGUCAGAAGAGGCUGAAACGGCACAUCAUAAACCAUCUGUUCAGAAGUCAUCCACAGUCUUGGCUUUUCACCAUUCAGGCAAAGAGAAUCGAGCUGUUGGAGAGAAAAAGAGGCAGCUGAUAUCAAUAUCUCCUAAGAGGGAAUGCGAAGGGAGAACAGAAGUUCAGAAUAUGUCCUGUGUUCGCAGGUACUGUCGCAGUCUGGCAUCUGAACAGCCUUUGGUGGUACACACUGAACCUCAGAGGAAAGCGCGACGUUUGGGUUUGAGCCUUGGUGCCAACGGGGUAACUCUAGUCCCACGUAGCCUUUCCUUUUCCCUCAGCCCUCGCCACAGCAUGUCAGAUUGUAAAUCUCAGCCCAACCCAGGCCAUGGAUCACACAUCUCCAGAUCCUUCUUUCCCCAGACUGCUUCUGAGGCCCAACGCAGAACUUCUACCCGAGUCUUUCCUUCACUCCGGGGCCCUCUUCCAACCCUUGAGGUCUUAAGCUUGCGACCAAACAUUGUGGCUGGAACCACUGCUUGUCGCAAUCCAAACCUGACCUCUCACCCCAGCGUCCACAGGCAUCAGUUAUUUCUCUGUUCUGGAAGGCAAGGCGUGGGCAAAUAUAAAAGAGAGUGUGCAAGCGAACAAAAGCUCUAGUGGUGUCGAGUGUGCUGAAGAUGUUUUGCAAGCAGCAACAUUGUUUUAAUGGACUGGAACCUAAUGAAUGACAUAUUACCUAACUACCUUACCUUAAUCAUAAAAAUUUUGUUUGUAGAAACUUGAAAAUCCAGACAAUAAUGGUGAAGAGUAAUUUCAAACCAUUCACACAGGGCCUUUAAUUAUGCAACAUCAAGGUUGAUUCGUUCAUCAAGUUAUUUGACAUUCUUAAAAUGUAAAAUGUUACACAUAUAAUAUA